AGCGAUAACAUUUUAUGAGUAUAUAGUUGUCAUACGACGUUCAAGGGAAAAAAGUGAAAACUGUGUUUUAUUGAGCUAUUUGUUGACCACAACUGCAGCCGGAAUGUCAACAGGAGUACUGGCAGGAAAAGUGGCCCUGGUAACAGGUGCCGGCUCGGGAAUCGGACGUGCCACUUGCCGUCUUUUGGCCAGGGAUGGUGCCAAAGUGAUCGCUGCGGAUCGUAAUAUUCAGGCUGCCCAGGAAACCGUUCAGGAAUUAGGUCAGGAUCGUUCGGCUGCUCUGGAGGUAGAUGUGUCCUCCGCCCAAAGUGUCCAAUCCUCGGUAGUUGAGGCUCUCAAGAAGUUCAAGCAAGCCCCCACUAUUGUGGUGAAUUCAGCAGGGAUCACCCGAGAUGGGUAUCUGUUAAAGAUGCCCGAAAAGGACUACGAUGACGUGUAUGGAGUGAAUCUGAAGGGAACCUUCCUGGUGACGCAGGCCUUUGCCAAGGCCAUGAUUGAACAGAAACUGGAGAACGGGAGCAUUGUGAACCUCUCGAGCAUCGUGGCCAGAAUGAAUAAUGUAGGUCAGGCCAACUAUGCGGCCACCAAGGCCGGUGUCAUUUCCUUCACCGAAGUUGCCUCCAAGGAGUUUGGAAAGUUUGGCAUUCGAGUCAAUUGCAUCCUACCAGGCUACAUAGACACGCCCAUGGUGGCCGUAGUGCCAGAUUCAGUGAAACAACAGGUGGUGCAGCGCUGUCCCCUAGGAAGAAUGGGUCAGCCAGAGGAGAUCGCUGAGGUUAUCGCCUUUUUGGCCUCACCCCAGUCUUCCUAUGUCAACGGAGCAGCUAUCGAGGUUACCGGGGGUCUUAAAUAAUAAGGAUAAAUUAAAUUUAUCUUUAUAUAUUGUCCAACUAUACAGGUGUGGGCCAGAACAUUGCAUUUACUUGUGCAGCCAGAAAUUUUUUUUUUUUUUUCCUAAAUAAAUUUAGACAUAUUUACAAGUAGUUUUACUGACAGCUGUGUUUGAACUGCGUUUACUUCUAAGUGUUUAAAAUUUCAUAAUAAUAAUAACAAAUUAUUAAUAAAUAACGUAACGAACAAUCUAAA